AUGUCUACAACCCUCGGCUCCUUCAUAGCCGGCGGCAUAGCAGCAUGCGGUGCAGUCACAGUAACCCACGGCUUCGAGACCGUCAAAAUCCGACUACAACUACAAGGCGAGCUUAAAGCGAAAAGCGACGCGCCGCGGUUAUACAAGGGCGUCUUCCACGGUGUCAGCGUCAUCUUGAAGAAUGAAGGGCCCAGAGGCUUACUACGCGGUCUGGGAUGCGCAUACGUCUACCAAAUGACCCUCAACGGCUGCCGACUAGGCUUCUACGAACCCCUCCGCAAGACCCUCACAAACGUCGUAUACAGCGACCCAGCCGUCCAAUCCUUCGGCAUCAACCUCUUCGCAGGCGCUUCAUCCGGUGUCCUAGGCGCAGCAGCCGGCUCCCCCUUCUUCCUCGUAAAGACGCGGUUACAAUCCUACUCGCCCUUCCUACCCGUCGGCACACAACACAACUACCGAAACGCCGUCGAUGGCAUGAGACAAAUAUACAGCGGCGAAGGCAUCAAGGGCCUGUACAGAGGUGUAGGACCAGCCAUGGUACGCACGGGUUUCGGCAGCUCCGUACAACUCCCCACGUACUUCUUCGCAAAGAGACGGUUAGUAAAGCAUCUGGGCAUGGAAGAGGGCAUGCCGCUGCACAUUGCGAGUAGUACGGCCAGUGGCUUUGUCGUCUGCUGUGUCAUGCACCCUCCGGAUACCAUCAUGUCGCGCAUGUACAACCAGACGGGCAACCUGUACACAUCGGCUUUUGACUGCUUGAGUCGGACGGUCAAGACGGAGGGUAUCUUUGCGCUGUACAAGGGCUACUUUGCCCAUCUGGCGCGCAUUCUGCCCCAUACGAUUCUGACCCUUACGCUCGCCGAACAAACGAUCAAGCUCAUGCGCUUGGUAGAAAACCGGAUAGGCGUUUCAGACGCCAAGGAGAAGAUAUGA